GUUCUGGUAACAUUUCAUUCAAAAUAAAAGAGGUUAGAAAUUUUGUCAAACAAAGAAAAACUAAUGUACACAAUGUACUUCUUUUGUUUUUGUUUCAGUUAAUUACAGUUUAAUUAUCUGCCAAGGUCAGUGUCCUUUCACAGUCCAGUGUCAAUUAAAGAGACAGUAAUAAGAUGUAACUAUAACAUUCGAUUCAUAAUAGUUUAACAACCUAAUCAUCAAGACAGUACCCAGCCUCGUAAGAUUUUGGCACAGCCAGCAGCACCAUUUAAAAAUGCCUAAAAUAGCGACUUUCGUGUUCUUUGACAUCGAAACUACAGGACUACCGCACCAAGAGAGAAACAAAACUAAGAUUACUGAACUAAGUUUCGUGGCUGCUUUACGAAAUGAUAUGAAAAAGGCAUCUUUUGGAGCAGUGCCCUAUAUUAGUAAGCUGACUCUACUGUUCAAUCCACAGAAAGACAUACAUCCUGUGGCUGCUAAAAUGACAGGCUUAUCUAAUGAAUCGCUCAAAAAUGCGCCAAUUUUUAGAGAUAAUGUAGCAACAAUUGUCUCAUUUCUAUCAGAUCUUCCCAAACCAGUCUGCUUGGUAGCCCAUAACGGUGAUAGAUUUGAUUAUAGAAUACUAUUAGCUGAAUUCUUAGAUGUGAAUGCUAGUUUACCACAGGACUUAUUGUGUGUAGACUCCUUGACUGGCUUUAAACAUAUCAUUAGAAGUCCUUCAACAAACGGAGCCAACACAUCUAACAUUAGAAAAGAUGACUCAUUAGUGAGAAGUAUUUCAAUGGUUGAUGAUUCAUUAUUGGAAGAGGAUUCAUUGGCAAGAGAUAAUAAUUCAUUGAUAAGUGAAGAUUCUCUGAUCAGUGAUGAUUGGCCUGAAUUAGAUGUAAGCACUGAAGACUGGAGAGAAAUUGAUUCAUUAUGUUCCUCAUUCUCCGAUAUGCCACUAGAUAAUUCAAGAUCGAGUAGGCAUUUUGAUGAAUGUAAGGAACCUAAAAAUAAUAAGGAAACUGAGAAGAUAAGUUAUACAUUGUCCAACCUUUAUAAAAGGAUUAUGAGGAAGGAGGUUUAUAAUGCCCAUAGAGCUGAAGAUGAUUGCUUAAUGCUUUUGGAGUGUGUGGCUGCUACCAAAGAGUUCCUGCCUUGGGCUGAUAGGUCAUGCAAAAAUAUCUAUGAUAUUGUUCCACUAGAUCGUAAAAAGUAUAAAAAUAAUCAUUUCACUAGUUCCUCUCUUUCCUAAAUCAUGAUUCAGCAUUUUUGACUUUGUAAACUUGAUCAAUACAUAUUUUUUUAUUAAUUUGUUAAGUUGACAUAAGUAGCUCAAGAGACUGUUCGCUUAUUAUUUGAUUAUUCUGAUUAUUGUAAUUAAUACUUGAGUUUGAUAGAGGUUUAUAUUU